AUGUUUUCAAGAACGCUAUUGAAAGGAAAAAUCACAAAUUUUUCAAUAUUUAUACGACAAAAUUCCCAAACUGCACAAACUUAUAUAAGACAAAAACCAAAAUUAUAUUCCCUAUUAAAAACAAAAACAACAAAAUCAUUAAUAUUAACAUUAUUUACAACUUCAAUUAUAAUAGAUUUAAUUAAAAUUAGAAAGAAUCUAAUAAAUUUAGAAACUUCAUAUUCAUUAAAAUUUGAAAUUUUGGAAAAUAUUAUUACACAACUAAAGAAUAGUUCAUAUGAUGAUAAUUUUGAUUUAAAGAAAGAAUUAAAAUUGGCAAAUUCUUUUAUUGAUAAUAAACAACAAAAUAAACAGGAUUUAGAAAUUGAUUUUAAAUUGAAUGAAUUUUUAAAAUCAUUAGAAGAAGAAGAUGAAUUAAAUGUGAAGGAUAAGGAAUUAAUUAAAGAUAAGAGUAUUGAUAAAAGUGCUAAAUUUUUGUAA